GGCUGUAGGCAAUACGGCCGACGUUCUCGAUCUUCCCAACGCUUUCGUCCAGGCGCCCCGGGAUAACUCACCCCCUUAAUUUCUCGCGUUUCGUCUUUCUCUCAUCACAUACACAAGGAGAAAAAAAAAUUUAUCAAGACCUACAAGUGAAAGUAUUAAAAAUUAUUACAUUCAACAGGAGAAAUUAUAAAUAAAAAAAAUUUUUUUAUGUUUUUUCUUUUUUUUUUUUUUUUUUUCGUGAAACCGGAAGUAUUUCUCCAGUCAACGAGAGAUGCUCCGCUUUUCAACUCUCCCUUUAAGGGUAUUUAAAUAGAAAUCGCGAGAAAGGGGAAAAUGUGUAAGCGCGCGUGACAUGUUCGUGUGUGAUUCGUAGUUAGCUUUUCCCAUGUAAAUCGAUCACUGUAAGCUCAUGUUACAUACGAUAAUAUACGUAUAUAAACAGAAUUUAAAAAGAAAGAAAGAAGUUAAUUUGACUUCUUAUUAAAAUUUGAAAAAAAAAUUUUUUUUUGUAGUUUUCUUGAUAAUUUUCAUAAAAUUCAAAUUUUUCAAAAGUGAAUAAAUUCUUUGUUUUUUUUUCUUUUGAUAAAGAUUAACGUCUGUUAAUGACAAUAUAUAGUUUUAUUAUUGUUGGUGAAAAGGUUAUUCAUUAAAUUUAAGUGUAUUUUUGUUUCUCUUUUUCCUCUCUAUUUUGAAGACAAGUGAAGAUUUUGGGGGAGUGUUGAUGUGAUUGAAGAUCUCGAAAGUGUUUAAGGAUUUGUUGGAGACCGAAAACCCAGGAGAAUCUCAACAAAAUUCAAUAAUCUGAAAUUCCGGAAUCCUGCAUCCACUCCGGAAACUUCAUGUGAGUGUACUGCUUCGAGAAUUAAUUAAAUCAGUAAUCGAAUAUGUGCAGGAUGUGCUUCCUCAUAUAAGGAAAAUGGAAUCUUAAAAAAUAUAUAUAAAUAAAUAACAAGAGACAAGUCAACAAUAAAGAAAAGUCUUAACAACUAUACAACAACAACAACAACAACAAAAUGUAACAAUGUAUAAUUAAAAAAAAAAAAAAGAAAAACAGUCCGAAAUCAACAUGUCGUUAAAACGAAAAAAGAUACUUCGCGCUCGAAUGGGCUAUAUAAAGAAUAAAGUGCACAAAGACUGAAUAUUAAAUAUAUUUAUAUAUAUCAAAGGUAAAAUAAUACAUCGCCAUGUAAAAUUAAAAGGAAAAACACCUCAAGAGGACUUUGGCUUUGGAAAAAUUUGGGUGUGAUGUGAAUGCUCAGCCGUGAAAGUGAAAACAGGGAAAAAGAAAAAAAAAAAAAAAAAAAAAAGGGUGAGCAUUAAUUCACAAUGGGUUGCAAGCUUAGUAAACUGGCUUCCUCGACAACACAGAAUCAAUCUGGUCGCGAUAGUCCGCCACCGCCAGCAGCCACAGAUCCGCGACUUCCGCUUUCAGCACGGCAGAAAUACACCAUUAUCGCAAGUUGGAAAGCUGUUGCCAGAUCUAUGGAAACAACUGGCGUCUACAUGUUCAUUAAAUUAUUCGAAAAUAAUGCAGAAUUAUUGGAUAUGUUUAAAAAUUUUAAACAUCUAAAAACAAAAGACGAACAAGCAACGAGUACUGAGCUUGCGGAUCAUGCUGUGAAAGUAAUGACGACAUUAGAUGAGGGUAUUAAAGGUUUGGAUGAUAUGGAUGUUUUUCUUUCCUAUCUACAUCAAGUCGGCGCAUCACAUAGAAGAAUCCCAGACUUUAAACGUCAAUAUUUUUGGAAUAUCGAAUCGCCGUUUCUGGAGGCAGUAAAAAGGACCUUAGACGAUCGAUACACGGAAAAUGUCGAGAACAUAUACAAGUUAACCAUCAAAUUCAUCAUACAGACACUGAUCGACGGUUACGAUAACGCAGCGUUAUAAUCCAUGGGAAAUAUUUUGUUAUAAACAACUUUUAUUAACAUCGUUAAUUAAAAAAAAAAAAAGAAAAGAAAACUCGAUCUUUUGAUUCGAGGAAAAAAAAUAUAUUCACUAUGAAUAUAAACGAAAAAUAUAUAUGUAAAUAAUUUUAUUGAAAAAAAAAAAAACAUUUUUCAAAAAAACAAAAAAAAAAAAUACUAAACAUAAAAAUAACAAGAUGGAAAUGACAAAAAAUCAUUUUAAAAUGAAAAUUUUUCCAAGAAAUCAAGAAUCAAGAAAAAUGAAGAGAAAGAACGAGCUUAUAGGAACAUUGAUUUCACGAAAAAUCACCCAGUUUUGUUCCAAACGAGGACAAACUUUUCCAAUACUUCAGCCACGUUCCAUCGAGAAAAUGGAGUACACAAGGUGGCGACGAAAAAUGGACGAAAAAUGAAUUCGUAAAUUUAUCAAAAUCAGUGACGAAUUCAAUUUAUACAUAUAUAUAAAUAUAUGUAUGUUUCACGUGAGUAACACGCCUAAAAAUCGUAAAAAUCAAUUUUAGGUGAUUCCUUUUGACGACAACUUAUAUGCGCAUCUUUAUUGAUGGAUAUGUAGACAAAUUUGUCGUCUAUAUAUGUCAGUUAUUUUUUUUUGUAUGUAUCACCGUAUUUCUCACAAAUAUGUAUAUUGACGUCCUGGGAUAUCAUUGAGAAACGAGGCUUAUGAUUAUUAUAUACGAGAAUCAUAAAAACUUCUCCCUUUAAUUUUACGGAAAUAUUUUUCUUUUUUUUUAAAUUCAAAUGAAAAUAUUUUUCUUCUAUUUGUUUAAACAAAAAUAUUUUUUUACAGUUAACAUACAUUUAAUAUAAUUCUAUAUUUUAUUUAUUAAACUACCUUUUUUAAUACAAUUUUUAAUGUUUAACUUAAAAUACAAAAAAUUAACAAAUAAUAAAAUAUUAUCUUGAAAAUCAUUCUUUUUCAGUUACUAUUUUUCUUUUUUUUUUUUUAAAUAAAAAUUUCUUUUAAUGGAAAUAAAUAUUUAUAGUCAAAGAAUCGAUUAUUUGAAUCAAAUGUUUAUACACAAUUUUUUUUUAUUGAUUUUACAGGUGAAAAUUUAAUAUGAAGGUUGUAAAAAAUUUUUUUUUCCCUAAAACUCAAUUUUGACGAUCAUAAACACGAAAACUCAAUUUCUCAUGAAUAUACCCUUUUUAAUUGAGGGUGGCGUCAAUCGAACAAUUUAAAUAAUCCCCAGGACUCGAUGAAAGUUUCGCUAAGUGUUAAUAUAAUUCGUUCGAUUGAGAGUGGCCAAGGAAUAUUGUCUCAUCGGAUUGAGACGAUUUCUUAAACUAUAUAUAUAUAUAUAUAUAUAUAAU